CACGUGCUUUCGUCAAUGGCACAAUUGUGCCUGAACUCUGGCCAAGGCCAACCCUUGCAGCGCAGAAGGGCUACAAAAGCCAGAGGAGAGGGCGUGUCGUCGUCAGUCGAAGCUGAUUCCUGCUCCUGCUUCUCCUCCUCUUCACCUUCUCCGGAGAGCCGAUUCAGCCGAAGAGUCACGCUGCCAUUCUUCUUCUGCUUCCUCUGCUUCUUCGUGGCUCCAGCGAUGGAAACUUCGACAGCCUGUCUAGUCUUCGCGACCCUGCUAGCUUCUGCCUGCGUCUGUCAGUCGCAGCCCGGUCUUCCAAAGGCUUGCAAGCCGUCUGACGAAUGCCUUGCUUACGGUGGCUAUUGCAUCAGCAACAGCCAGAAAGGGGACUGCGAUGGCCUCCUGUUUGCGAAGGAAUGCAAAUCAGCUCUAUGCUCCUGCUGUAUAGAAGCUACACUGAAGCGAGAUGAAUGCCAAGAGAUGCCCAAUAUCUGCCCCAGCGCAACCUCAGUGUGCCAAGAUAAAGAUGUAGGCUACGAGUGCGUUUGCAAUGCAGGCUUCAAGACAGUAGUGUGUGGAGAUAUAGAUGAAUGUCAAAGCAAUCCGUGUGUAGCGCCAACCCCCAUUUGCGUCAACACAGACGGAAGUUACAGCUGCGAAGCACUGAUAGGCUGUGAUGUUGGUUGCGAUGCAGGUGGAAAUUAACAAAGUGUCACUAACAUCGGAUGACAGGAAACUGAGAUAAAUGCAAACAAAUCUUUAUAUUCCAUUAUAAAAUAUGU